CGCAUUCCCACGCUGUAUCUGUAUAGACAAGCGCUGCCGAAAAAACUCUUUGGCGCGUUUUUGGCCAGUGGCAGAAAUUAGGCAGCUUCCAACCUUGUCCACAAAUUUCUUAGUGCCACCGCUCCACGCACAGCUGGCUGAUGCCACGUUACGAUUUCGUUGCGGCGGCGUUCGAGAUUCACGGACCGUGGAGCGGUGGCACUAAGAAAUUUGUGGACAAGGUUGGAAGCUGCCUAAUUUCUGCCACUUUGCACUUAUUCGUGUAUCAAUAAUUUGAUGUGUGCAGCUUGCAUUAUCAAGAAAGGAAAAUCAUAUUGCGGGCUCACAGCCAAAUUGUUGGCGUCCAAAAAUUCGGGGCGCAUCGCCGUCUCCUAAAAUUUUUUCGUCGUCUUCUAGCACGCUUACUCACACCAGAAGUGACCUUAUUCAUUCAGUCACAAUCAACGAGAUACUGAAUGCAGCCAAAGCGCACAACGGCAGCGGCGUCAUGCAGCUCCAGGGUUACGGUCGCGGCCCGAGUUCGCGCAGCUUCCCCAUCGCGGAAUGGCCGCCCAACACGGAGCUCAUCCGGGCGCCGGAAGGCGACACUCUGGUCGUUCCCUGCAACAACAGCCGCGCGGCCAGCGAGACACCGGUUUCCCACACCGCGAUUCCGCCGGCGUACACCUACAACGGACAGCUUGUGUCCCUGGGCGCCACUACCACGGCCGUAUUCGAUACGUUCAAUGAACCGAAUUAUUGCUGCAACUGCACGAAGGAUUCAGCUUCGUUGCGAUUUGCUACGCGGGGCAAAAUGCUUGAUGUGGCCACCGGAGCCUUUUCCAUCCUACUGCCGCACUUCUCCUACUCCAACACCGGUCUGUACGAGUGCCUGCACUCCGACGGGACGCAGCUGGUCGUGACGCAGCGCUACUGGGUCACCGUCACCCUCGCCCGCCACGAGGUCUUCCACCGGCCCAUGCAGAACAUCACCGUCCGCUACGGUGACCCCGCGGAGAUGGUCUGCCCCGUCCGGUUCCAUCUGCUCCCCGGAUUCCUGAAAACCCGCUUCCUGUGGCGCACGGGGAGUUAUCUGCUGAUAGCCCGCUCCAUCCCGGAGGUGGCCGAUAAGGCCGGGCCGUGGUGGGGCUUUGGAGGGCGCUUUGAGUUCGGCCGGGAUGACGAGGGUCACUGCAACGCCACCAUGAAGUUUAACAGUGUCACGUAUAAGGACGCCGGUCUGUACGAGUGCUGGUUCCGCAUCAACGGCCGGCUGGAUGAGUGGAUUAUGCAGGAAGCCUAUCUGCACGUCAUUUAACCGCAAAUUAAGCCGGCGCUUAGGCGACUGCGACUGUCUGCGUGCACGUGCAGAUGAGCUUUCUUUCAUUUACAGCUGUAUCUCUGACGGUUGAUUUUUACCGUGGAACGGUCCGGCAGUUUCGUUGAGGUUGCAUUUGUCUACCACGAAAUCAGCAAGGAAUUUUGUUAGAGCUUAUUUUCUGCACUCUGAAAUAGUCACGGAUUUUUCCGCUGAAUUUGAUUCUAAACGGUUUGUGCGAUACAUUCCGGUGGCUUCUUGUUUUAAAUGAAUUAUUCGGCCGCUGGCCCAUCAUCCAGUUCCUACCGAAACUGUUUUCCGCCUCAGUAU